AUGAAGAUCAAGGAAGCAUUUAGCAACCCACACGAGUUGGCAUCUUGGAUCCCCAACACCGAUUGCUGCGACUGGUCCUUCAUGUUGUGCAACACCAAUACAGGAGUAGCCCUCGUCAUCGAGCUCUCCAUCAAAGACGUCAACAUCUCUGGCCAAAUCGCUGCCGAGGUGGGCGACCUCCCAUACCUCAACUACCUCGAAUUCGUUAACUUCACUAACCUCACCGGAACCAUCCCUUCCACUAUCACAAAACUCAAGUUCCUCGAAAAACUUCUACUCAGCCGGAACAAACUCUCUGGUCCAAUCCCUUCUUUUCUCGGCCAACUCCCCGGCCUCAGACACGUGGAGCUCUCCUCCAACCAGUUCUCCGGUUGGAUCCCUUCCUCCCUCUCCGACAAUCCCUACAAUUAUAAAGAACUCCACCUCGACAACAACAGGCUCACCGGAUCUAUCCCCGAAUCAUUUGGUAAAUCCAUUUCCUGGCUCCGCCUCAAUGACAACCAGAUCUCUGGUAAGAUCCCGAAAUCGUUUGGGGAUACGUAUUUCACCUACAUCGACUUAUCGCGGAACAAGCUUGAAGGGGACGCGUCGAUGUUGUUCAACCGAAAUCGGGUGACGUGAAAUAUUAAUCUGUCCAACAACAUGUUCGCCUUUAAUCUAUCCAAGGUGGUGGAUUUCCCCGUGUGCUUGGGGCGCUUGGACAUUUCGCACAACCAAAUCUUUGGGAGUAUACCAGAGGCGAUAACGAGAUCAAUGGAAUUGACGCGUUUUAACGUGAGUUAUAAUCAGUUGUGUGGCAGGAUCCCUCAAGGUGGUAAACUUCAGAACUUCGAUUCCUACGCCUUCAACCAUAACAAAUGCCUCUGUGGUUCACCACUCGCCGCUUGCCGUUCGUAA